AUGGCGACAGUCAAUCAGAAUAUGUUUGGCGCCAGUAUCACUGAGCAGCCCCGAGGCGCCCAGUUGAUGGUGCUUCCUUUGAACCUCCUCGUCGAGAUUGUGUCACAUGUGAACGACACCGGCGACCUCGCCCGACUAUGCCGAACAUGUCGCGUGUUAAACUACAUGGCGCUCCCGCAGCUAUACAGCAACCUGACGCUGACAUCCUACGACAAAAUCCGCUACCGCGGCGAACAGCCCGAAGGCAUCGGGAGCGCAAGUCCCUUCACGAUGGGUCUGAACGCAAUAAUCACUCGAUCCUAUGCACCACUAGUUCGCUCAAUGACAUUACGCGGAGAAUGGAAGGAACAUGAGUUGGAGGAACAUGCGCGUGUUGGUCGGGUGCCCGACUCCUCGAUGUUGCUGAACAUAGCCGCGCGGGCUGCGAUCGACCGCAUGACAAAUUUGGAAAGUUUCAACUGGGAGUUGAAUACAAAAAUGCUCGACACAGUAUUCAUGGGCCUGACGCAGCUUCCAAAGCUCACAAAUUUGACGAUCCGCUUUCCGUCCAGCCGCCACCCCCAGCCCACCUUUGUGAUCCCGGGAAUGCCACAUCUGAAGUGUCUUAAGGUCACGGAUAUCGACCCGCUAUGCUACCCGGAUGACAUUGCGACUCUGUUAUGGAAGAGCCGGAAGCUGCGCGAGCUGAAAUUGCACUGGUCGCCGCGCAUGCGCGACGCGCAGGAACCGAGUGUUUCGUUGCACGAUUACUUCCGCAAGCUUAUUGCAAGCAAACAGCCGCUGGCGGUCAAGAAAAUGUCCUUCCAGAAUCUCUAUGCGUUCCACACCGAGGACUUCAACUUUGCCUUUGAUCCUACUACUGUGGAAGAUGUCACUUUCCUCAGUGGAGUUGAGGGGUCCAGUCUGGUCAACACAUUUAUUGAGAGCAGCUGGCCAACUGUCCCACCGCACGCCAAGCUUCGUAUCAAAUCCGUCCGUUUAGACGCUGUUUCGAAACGAAACUCGGAGUUCAUUGGCAACUUCCGUGGGCUUGAGCGGCUGUACUUUGUCAAUGUUACGUCCGAUUCGAGCGACUACCUCAAUUCUCCCCGGCCGGGUGGCAUGCAGUCAUCGGCCCUGACGCCACCCGUUUCUGAAAACCAGGCUGCAGGCGCAGCCAAUGGUAACACCACCAACUCCCCCAUUGCCUCUGCCUCCCCAGCCAGCCACUUGAAUGCUCUUUUGAGCGUACGAGAUCUCUACCUCUCCCAUAUUACCACAAAUCACAGUGCCACUUUACGGCACCUUCUACUUCCAUCUAAAUGGGCUCUGUCCACGGGAAUGAUCGCACGUUUGGUCCACAGCUGCCCGAAUUUAGAACAGCUCGCCCUCGCCACAGAGUUCAACAGCAUGGAGACAUUGGGUCUUCUCAUCCCCUUCCUUCGCAAACUCAAAGCUCUUCGGCUUUUGAUUCCCCCUGCUUCCGUCCCACAGACCGGGACACCAGGUGCCGCCCUCAAAGCAUCUUUAUCCACCAGAGGACAGACACCAUUUGACGCCAAGAACAUGAUAGAUGACACCUUCCUAAACGCUAGAUCUCUCGCAGAAGUUGUGGAAAUCGACGAUGCACAACUGACAGAAAUGAUGAGCUACGACCUCGGGAACGAGCAAGUCUACGGAAACGUCAAAAUUCUCGGCAUGGGCUGGAAAGCUUGGGAGCUACGAGAUUUCUACAAAUCACCCCCACCACGUCCCGAAUCCCAAUCACCAAAUGGCCCUCGAGAAACCACCGAGAGCCCUAUACGCACUAAUGGCCCGGCCCAUUCUCACGUUUCCCCCGGUACCCAGACACCGCACAUCUCCUCGUGGUCGACUGCAUCACCGGGCGUCCGAUCGGCUCCGCCAUCCGCGUUAGGUAAGCGGAACCGGGAAGACGAAACGCCGACAGCCUCGCCCCACAUCCCGGAAGCCAAUGACGACCAGGAGACGCCGAAACCCUAUCCCAAUUGCUACCAACACACCCUAGCCGAUGACGGCCUAGUCUGGCGAAGGCGCAUGCGCCGAGUUGGAUGGGAUACUCUGCAGCAUUGGGAGAUUUGGGGAUUGGAUGCACAGGAGAUUUGA